AUGAGCGACGCCGGGCGACCUGCGCAUCCCACAGUCGUCUACUAUUGUUCCGGGCACGGUUUCGGCCACGUGACGCGCUCGUUCGACAUUGCUGACGAGCUCCUGAAGACGGGAUGCACCCUGCACCUGGUGUGCGCGGCCAAGAACGCGUUCGCGCUCGCACCGCAGCACCCGAACGUCCAGAUGCGGACCGCCGUGUUCGACGCAGGCUGCAUCCAGAAGACCGCGUUCGACACGGACGCAGCAGCGACGCUGAGGGCGUACCGCGAGAUCGACGAAAACCGAAUGGUGAUUCUUGAGCGGGAGAGGGCGUUCCUGCGCGACGUCGGCGCGGACGUCGUCGUCACGGAUGUGGCAUCGAUUCCGUGCGAGUCCGCGUCGGCUGCGGGCAUCCCGUCGGUGGUCGUGGGGAACUUCACCUGGGACUUCAUCUACCAGAUCCAGGCGAUCCAGCUGGCGCGCGAGCGGGGCGCGGGCAACGGCUCCGGCGGCGUGAUGGGUGCAGUUUGCGAGGAGUGGGGCGGGAUGCUGACGAGGAUCUCGCAGGGCUACGCGCACGCAACAGUGUGUCUGCAGCUCGGGCUCGGCGUGGCCCCGAUGCCGGCGUUCCGGCGCGUCCAGCCGCUGCCCUACGUGUGCCGGCCGGUGAAGGUGUCGGCAACGGAGAUCAGGCGCCAGCUCGGCGUGCCCGACGAGGACAAGAUCGUCCUCGUCACCGUCGGCGGACAGCACAUGCCAGAAACGGUCGCUUCAGGGGCGUUCGACCCCGGUGAAGGCUGGGUCUGCUGCGUCACGGGGCGUAUGCCCGAGGGCGCGGCACUCCCCCCGCGCUUCAAGUUCCUACCGCCCGACAUCGACCUUCCGUCCGUCGUGGCGGCGUCCGCGUGCGUCGUCGGCAAGAACGGCUUCGGCACCUGCGCGGAGUGUCUGAGCACCGGGACCCCGCACGUGGCCACGCCGCGCAACUACUUCGCGGAGGAGCCGUACCUGCGCGCGUCGAUGGCGGCAGCUGGGGCCUCCGUCGAGAUGCCGCUCGAGGCGUUCGAGGCCGGGGACUGGAUGCCCUACAUUCAGCGCGCGACGCAGCUGCGGCCGCGGCCCAGGAAGACGUCGGGGGGCAAGAUGUGUGCCGCGCUCAUCGUGGAGGUGGCGGGGGGGGCGUGGCAGCCGAGGGAGGAGGACGUGGGCGUCGCAGCGCUGCACUUCCACGCGUGGGGGCUGGCGGUAGCGGCGGCAGCCAGGGGCGAGGAGCUUCCGGUGCCCGACUGGCUGCGGGAGCUCGAAGACAGGUGGCCUUGA